AGUAGUCCCGCCCUCGGCGCCACCCACUGCUCCCUCGCUAGCCCGCUAGCUCCCCAGACCCAGAGCGCCGCGGCUGUCUGCUGGGCUCUCGGAGACGCGGACCACCUUCGGUGUCCCCGCGCCGUCCUCCCCGAGCCGCCUGGCCCGCCGCCUCGAGCGCCCUCAGCCCCUCAAGCCAGAUGAUGAACUUCCUGAGGCGCCGGCUGUCGGACAGCAGCUUCAUCGCCAACCUGCCCAAUGGCUACAUGACUGACCUUCAGCGCCCGGAGCCGCAGCAGCCCCCUCCUGCCCCUGGCCCCGGUGCCGGUGCCGGUGCCGCUACGGCGUCGGCGGCCACCUCAGCUGCCUCGCCCGGCCCCGAGCGCAGGCCGCCACCGGCCCAGGCACCCGCGCCGCAGCCGGCGCCGCAGCCCGCGCCGACGCCGUCGGUGGGCAGCAGCUUCUUCAGCUCGCUGUCGCAAGCCGUGAAGCAGACGGCCGCCUCCGCCGGCCUGGUGGACGCGCCCGCGCCUUCGGCCGCUUCCAGGAAGGCCAAGGUGCUGCUGGUGGUCGACGAGCCGCACACCGACUGGGCCAAGUGCUUUCGGGGCAAAAAAAUCCUUGGAGAUUAUGACAUCAAGGUGGAACAGGCAGAAUUCUCAGAGCUUAACUUGGUGGCCCAUGCAGAUGGAACCUACGCUGUGGACAUGCAGGUACGCCGGAAUGGCACAAAGGUUGUCCGGUCCUUCAGACCAGACUUUGUGCUCAUCCGACAGCAUGCAUUUGGCAUGGCAGAGAAUGAAGACUUCCGUCACCUGGUCAUUGGCAUGCAGUAUGCAGGCCUCCCCAGCAUCAACUCACUGGAGUCUAUUUACAACUUCUGUGACAAGCCGUGGGUGUUUGCUCAGAUGGUGGCCAUCUUCAAGACACUGGGAGGGGAGAAAUUCCCACUCAUUGAGCAGACAUACUACCCCAAUCACCGAGAGAUGCUUACGCUUCCUACGUUCCCUGUAGUGGUGAAGAUUGGCCAUGCUCACUCAGGCAUGGGCAAGGUCAAAGUGGAAAAUCACUACGACUUCCAGGACAUUGCCAGUGUGGUGGCCCUCACCCAAACCUAUGCCACAGCAGAACCCUUCAUCGACGCUAAGUAUGACAUCCGGGUUCAGAAGAUUGGCAACAACUAUAAGGCUUACAUGAGGACAUCCAUCUCAGGGAACUGGAAGACAAACACUGGCUCUGCGAUGCUGGAGCAAAUUGCCAUGUCAGACCGGUACAAGCUCUGGGUAGAUGCCUGCUCUGAGAUGUUUGGUGGCCUGGACAUCUGUGCAGUCAAAGCUGUGCAUGGCAAAGAUGGCAAAGACUACAUUUUUGAGGUCAUGGACUGCAGCAUGCCACUGAUUGGGGAACACCAAGUGGAGGACAGACAACUCAUCACUGAUCUAGUCAUCAGCAAGAUGAACCAGCUGUUGUCCAGGACUCCUGCCCUGUCUCCACAGAGACCUUUAACCACCCAACAGCCACAGAGUGGAACACUUAAGGAACCAGACUCCAGCAAGACCCCUCCUCAGCGGCCACCUCCCCAAGGGGGCCCUGGGCAACCCCAAGGAAUGCAGCCCCCAGGCAAAGUGCUGCCUCCACGCCGGCUCCCCUCGGGACCAUCACUGCCAUCUUCUUCCUCUUCUUCCUCCUCUUCCUCCUCUUCUUCCUCGGCUCCUCAGAGGCCGGGCGGCCCCACCACCACCCACGGUGAUGCAUCCUCCAGCAGCAACUCCCUGGCAGAGGCCCAGGCACCUCAGGCUGCUCCAGCACAGAAGCCCCAGCCUCACCCACAGCUCAACAAGUCGCAGUCCCUGACAAAUGCGUUCAGCUUCUCUGAGUCCUCCUUCUUCCGGUCUUCAGCCAAUGAAGAUGAAGCCAAAGCGGAGACCAUCCGGAGCUUGAGGAAGUCCUUUGCCAGCCUCUUUUCAGAUUAGCUCUUCAGAUACACGAGGGCAUCCAGCCCAACCAGGAAAGGCAUCUAAGACAUUCACCAACAGCAGUCUGCCAUGUUUGGUGGCGAUGUCCCAUGACUUGACAUGUGUGGCCCCUUCCUCUGUUCCUUUGUGCUCAGUAAUUUGUGCAGCCCAGAAAUGACCACAUGAUAGUCUCAGGGCAGGUACCUACCCUGAGAAAGGCCUGACAGGAGAGGAAAGGGCUGUUUCCCUGUAGUCUUAAGAGCUUUAUUCUGAAGUCAUCAUUGCUGUGAAUUUAGUGGCCUUAUUGUGACAGAGCCAUCGUGUCUUACUCUUCCCUGUGAAGCCAGGAUCUCUGUAACAUAGGACUCCUGGCAGCUUAACCCAGCUCAGAAGCCGAGCUCAGCAUGUCCUAGUAGUCAGUGCUACCUGUGGGAAGUAUGUUCUUACCGUACAAGUACUAUUGGCUCUAAGUUUUAGGAACUUCUCCCCAAAGCUGGAUCUCCUGUGGUCCCUGUUGAAAGCACACUUGCCUGACCCCGCACUCCCUAGACUAGACGGCUGUGGAAGGGAAGUUCCUUGUGUCUGUUGAAAUAAGAGAACAAGGCCCUGCAGGGUCUCCUCUCUUCCUUCUGGAGAGCAGUUCUAUUGUGUGAGCAGCAGUUACCUUGACCUUUCAGAGCUGUACUGUAGAGGAGAAUGCAUGCCGCUAUAACAGCAGUCCACCAACCUUUGUGUUCCUCACCUUAUGAAUGUCAAGAACUUGGUGUAAUAAAAGCAGCAGCUUUAACCAGCA